AUGGAGCCGCAAGCCGUGCUAGAGUGGUGUCAGGACCGUCAGGCAAACCCCACAUAUUGCCUAGCUCUGAUAAUAGCAGAGGCAAACUUAAAUUCAAGGCAGAUUUACCAGUUAAUGGAUGAAAUGUCACCUUUUGGCCGCUGCCUAAUAGUUGAUAGGAAAACAGAUAACAAGGAUGUAAAGACAUGCGUUUUGCUGCAAAUGGAGGAUCCUAUAAAUCCUGAUGAUGUCCCAUUCAUGAUGACAUUCGGCAGUGAGAAAUAUCAGUGUAACUUAGUUUUACCUGCUUCACCAGUUUCAGUUAUCACAUCAGACGGAGAUGUUGAACAUCCAGCAGCCGGAAACAAAGAAGUUAACAACCCAUCCCUCGCAGCAAAUCCAUGUGGGCCCUCUGCUGACAUCGGGGCAGAUAUCCUUACUGCACUAGGAAACUUAGUAGAGAAGUGUGUUCGGCCUAUACAGCCUCACAGCGGGUUUGGAUACAGAAAACUACACUUUUUCUCAGGAAAACAACCCACGCCAGAAGGGGAAGAUGACUUUGAAGCCUGGAUGGAUCAAGCCACCCAAGCCCUGGAAGAAUGGGAUGUUCCAGAGUCACAGAAGAAACAGAGAAUCACCGAGAGUUUGAUGGGUCCAGCUGCGGAUGUAAUUCGGGCCCUGAAGCAGAGCAAAAGGGAUUGUUGUGCCACUGAUUACUUGCAAGCUUUGCAUGAUGUGUAUGGCCGAACUGAGAAUGUGGCUGAGCUCAUGUAUCAGUUUGAACAUACCUACCAAGAGAAAGAUGAAAGGAUGUCCGAUUAUAUCCCACGGCUAGAGAAGAUACUCCACCACAUAAUAUUAAAGAAAGGAAUGGAUCCCUAUAUGGCUGACCAGCUUAGAGUAAAGCAAAUCUUGAAAGGAGCUCAACCGAAUGAUCCCAUCAUGUGGAAACUAAGGAUACCAAAGGAAGACCGUGCAGUCCCCACUUACCCCCAACUAAUCAAACAAGUACGGGAGGAAGAGGCCCUUAUGGAAGCCAAGUUACUGCCUACCAGUAAAAGCAUGACUUCAAAUAAGGUGAAACCAGGAGGGGAAGUCACCCGAAUUGUUCAAGCGAGUACUGGAGUUAUAGCCCCAGAGCAAAGUGAGAUUCAUAACCGGUUGGAUGCUCUGAGCGAGAUGGUUGAAAGGAUAGCCAAAAUUCAAAUGGCUGCAUUAGAAAAGGACACUAAGUGCAGGUCAGAUAUUGUAUGCUGUGAGAAGCCUACCUCUAGCCAGGCUCAAGAUUUCCAUCUUACAUAUGAGAAUACCACAGCACCUGGGCCCCCUCAACUAAAUAGGACAAAAGGAGUACUGGGGUUCUGUCAUCGGUGUGGUGAAGAUGGCCAUUACAAGAGGCAGUGCCGAAAUGCUGAGAAUGCCCAGAAGGUAGUAGCAAAACUUCUGGCUAAAGAGAGAGGGAAGGCUCAGGGAAACUUCAGAGGGCCCCAGUGA